AUGAACCAUGACCAAGGAAUUUGCCAAGAAGGGCACAUUGUCCAGCCUUCCCUUGGUACCAAGGUUCCGGUCAGUGGACAUGACGAGGACCACGAUGUGGAGAGCAUCAUGGCGCAACCUGGGAGUGGCAUGGGCGGGGAUGACCACGAGAUGGUCGAUGCGGAUGAAGCCUUAGAAAUGCCUGCUCCUAGACAACCAUCCGAGUUACCGCAGAUCCUAAGCGUCCCCUCUCUUCACGACGAUACUCCAAGUGUUGAUCACGCCGUCAUCAAGCCCAACGAGUUUGCGCCUGACAAGCCCGGAAUGGAGACCGAGGCUCGGUCAAACAAAGUCAAGAAGACAUGUCAAGAGAUACUUCUGCCCAACGAUACCUUCAAGUCCCAGGUGGCCGACCCGCCCGAAAAUGCUCCACGCUACACCACGGAGCAAAAAGGCAAGCAGCGUGCGAAACCACCACCCGAAGUACAACCUCAUGACGACGAAUACUCCUGGCUUUACGCCGAAUUCCGUCUUUUGACCUUUCCCAGGAGUUGGGCUAUUUGUGAACAUUGCCACAUGACCAUCGCAUCGAGCUCCAAGUUCAACGAUAUCCUUAUGUCAUGCCGCCCUCGUCCGUAUGCCAUACGGGUUGGACUAGAUGAGUUGGUUUACCCCAAAUACUUCACAGGGCUGAACACGAUUCUAUUCUUUGACCAGUCUGGGAGGAGGGUCGAGUACGACAGGCUCUUGGCUGAAUUUGGUGCUUCCCUACUUGAAGUUCUUUGCGAACCUAAUAUCAUUGUUGAGUGUGCAGAGUUUUAA